UUUGAAUUUUUGUUUUAAACAAAAGACUAAGCAAGUCUUGAACGCAAGUGCUGCAGUCCAAAUUAACACUUUAUUUAUAUAUCAAGUCCUAAUAAAAUGAGAAUUUUAACGAGAAUCUUGAGCUUUACACGAAACAAUUCGCAAAUCAUCAGUUUCACGCAAAAACGUUUAAAGACCAGCGUUUCACCUGAAAAAUGUUCAACACCCCAUUCGCUGGGAUUAGUGCUUGGAGUAUAUUCCAAUGAAAAUGACAUGCUAGAUACUGGACAACUCACACCGAAUGCGACAAAAUUCAAUGAGGUUUGCAAUGGUCGACUAUAUGAGCUUCUUAGAAUCGCUGGACCCCUGCCGAAACGGGGCGAAUGUAGACUGUUGUUCAAUAUUGAGCAAAAUUUUUCGACAAUUGCCGUCUGUGGGCUGGGUGAUAAAUGUCUUGGUUAUAACGAAGAAGAAUUGAUAGACGAAGGAAAGGAGGCUAUUCGUAUUGCAUCUGCAGUAGGAUGCCAAAAGCUUCAAGAGUUAAAUACGAACAAAAUUUACGUGGAAAGUUUUGGUAAUUCGGAGUCUGCAGCUGAAGGGUCGUCAAUGGGUCUUUGGUCGUAUGAGGGACAGAGAAAGGAUCGACUGUACACGUCACAAAUGGAAUUAUAUACCGAAAAUAAUUUUGAAUAUGAUAUGGAAGCGUGGGAUAUCGGAAUGCAUAAAGCUGAGGCACAAAAUCUAGCUCGCCAGUUGAUGGAAACACCAGCCAGUAUCAUGACUCCCACAAAAUUCGCUCAAAAUGUCGUUAAUGUUUUAUGUGACUCGGGAGUAAAUGUCGAGGUAAAAGUACGUGCCUGGGCCGAAGCUCAGAAGAUGAAUGCAUUCCUGGCAAUUGCGAAAGGCUCUGCCGAGCCUCCAAUAUUUUUGGAACUUAGCUAUUACGGAACAUCCAGUAACGAAAAACCAAUUGUUCUGAUAGGUCAAGGUACCACUUUCGACAGUGGUGGCCUAAGUCUUAAGCCGCUCGAAGAAUUGCAGCAUAUGAGAGGAAGCAUGUGUGGUGCAGCUUGUGUAGUUGCAACGUGUAGGGCCAUUGCCUCUUUGAAACUGCCAGUUAAUGUUCGGGGUCUGAUACCACUAUGUGAACACAUGAUUGGAGCAAAUACUGUGCGAAGCGGAGAUGUUGUAACUGCUAAGAAUGGUCUUAGCCUCGAAAUUCAACAUACAGACAAAGAAGCUCCGUUAGUACUGGUUGACGCUCUGCUUUAUGCGGAGAAUUUUAACCCAAAGUUUAUUCUUGACGUUGGAACACUCCACAACGAUAUGAAAGGUGCAUUGGGUGAGGCAGCAGCUGGAGUCUUUACUAGUAACGACGCUAUGUGGCAGGAACUAGAGGCGGCAGCUGUUCAUACUGGUGACCGAGUUUGGCGAAUGCCCAUUUGGAAUUACUUUACUGGUACGGUUAAAAAUUCAUGCAGCGUAGAUAUACAAAAUGUUGGUCAAGGUCGUGGUGGUGGUUCGUGCAAAGCAGCUGCAAUUUUACGAGAAUUUGUUCCGCUUAAUGUAGAUUGGAUGCAUGUUGAUGCUAUGGGCGUGAUGACUACAAAUGGUAAUAAUUUCGAAUAUUUGAAAAAUGGAAUGUCCGGUCGUCCAACAAGAACAAUUAUCGAAUUUCUGGCGAAAGGAAUCAAACUGGACGCGAAUGUAGAGAAGAAAAAUAAAUUUUAAAUGUUUUGUCCAACAAAAAACGUAAA